AUGCGUUUGUACCAGCUGGAUGCCCCAGCCAUGGGCAGAGUCCCAAUGCCACAGCAGGACGCUGGGGAAAGGGAGCUCCCGUCUCAGGGCCCCCUCUGGAGAGCAGGGGGUCCUGCCACGCUGAGGGUCCUGAUCCUUGCCCUGCUCUGGAGGGGGUCCCUGUCCCAGGAACCCGGAUUUACCCUGACGGUGCCGCAGUCGGAGUCGGAGCAAGAGGGUCUCUGCGUUCUCAUCCCCUGCACCAUCACAUACCCAGCCUCGUCUGUCACCGACAAUCCCUCGGCCCAGCUCUACGGAAAGUGGUACAAGGAGCCUGCUACUGUGGGCCAGGAUCCUCCCGUGGCCAGCAGUGCCACCAGCCUGGGGGUGUCGCAGGAGACCCAGGGCCGGUUCCGGCUGACGGGGGAUCCAGCGCACGGCGACUGCUCCCUGCAAAUCAGCGACGCCCGACGGACGGAUGCGGGGAGAUAUUUCUUUAGCUUCGAGAAAGUCCUGUUAGAACACACUUACCGCUCCAAUUCCGAUGGCACUGACCCUGCGCUCAUGAUCUCCGUGACAGGGCUGACAGAGGAGCCAGAGAUCCAGAUCUCGCCGGCGCGGGGGCUGCCAGGGACACUGCUGGCCGGGGAGCCGGUGACUGUGACCUGCACGGCCCCUGGGCGCUGCUCCGGGCCCCCUCCCCGAGUCACCUGGAUGGGGCCGUUCAGCGACACAGCCCGGGACGUCUCAGCCCAGCUGGCGAACGGCACCUGGGCCCACAGCUCCGCGCUCAGCUUCACGCCCGGCCUGGGGGACCACGGCAAAGAGCUCGUCUGCAGCGUCACCUACAGGCCACCAUGGGGACCUUCCACCCGCAGAACCGUCCGGCUUCACGUCAUCUACCCGACCGGUCUCCCCAACAUCUCUGGGACCCUGACCAGGAACGGACGCCCCGUGCCAGAUGCUUGGGGAGCUGAGGGCGUUGUUCUGUCUCUGGAGACCAAGGAGGGUGACUCCCUGAGUCUGGGCUGUGAGGCUGGGAGCAGAGCCGAGACCACCCUGAGCUGGGCCAAGGGGAAGGAGUCCCUGAGCUCUGGCCAUUGUGGGGCCAGGCGCAUGGAGCUGCUGAAUCUCAGCAGAGGGGACGCUGGGGAGUUUCGGUGCUGGGCCAAGAAUCCCUACGGAUCGGCCAGCCGGGCCCUGCGUGUGCACGUGAAGAACCUGCCUGGGCCCCCCAACAUCACUGGGAACCUGACCAGGAACGGAUGCCCCGACGCGACUGAGUCCCCGAAGACCACUGGGAACCAGACCAGCUACAGUGAGAGGCCACGCUGCGAGCCCCGGGAAUCAGCGAGCGCCACCUAG